GACUCUGUCUCUGUCUCUCUCUCUCUCACUCACUUACUCUCUUUCUCUCUCACACACACACUCACUCUUGUGUCUCUCUCUAGGUCUCGCGCACGCUUUUUACAUUAGAGUCACACAGCACGCGCAGCAGACGCGACUCUGACCCUUUAUCCGGAUUAUUAUCAUCAUCAUCAACCUCUUCCUCAUCAUCCUCAUCGGCAUUAAUCACGUCUCGGAUUAAAAAAAUGGGAAAACAAAUACACACGUGUUUAAAUUUAUCGGAACGGGAUGGAAAAUGAGCGCAAGCUCGCUAGACCUGAAGGUGUAGACUUUUGAAAGCGAAACUGUGGAAACUGCGAUGCCCGAAGACACUGCGAAAGACACCAUGACAGUCCCAGAGUGCCCUUCUCUCAGCGUUAAAGCCAACAACAACAACAACAAGAACGAUCCACCGCCUUCGGUAUCCAUCCCUCUGGUGAACGACGGCCCUCUGACGGCGGCGACGGGUGGCACGGAGCUCUCGUGCUUCCGCUGUACCCUUCCCUUUGGUGUGGUGGUGCUGAUUGCCGGCAUCGUGGUCACGGCUGUUGCCUAUAGUCUUAACUCUCAUGGCUCCACCAUCUCUCACUUCGGCCUGGCACUGCUGUCAGCCGGCGUGGCUCUGCUUGGCCUCAGCGCCGGCUGUUGGAAGCUCCGCAGUGAGAAAAAGAAGGAGGAGCGGAGACGGGAGAGCCAGGCUGCACUAGUCACCAACCAGAGGAUCAUCUAAACGAACUUCCUGGAAUUUUUAGAGACGUGACUGCUGGUCAGAAAAAAGCAUCUUCAUCUCUUCUCACACACUUUGAAUGAAUUUCUUGCUUGAAGAAACUCACAAAAACCACAAAACUCUUCGGACAUUGGACUUCUCAGUAGUGGACUUUGCCUCAUGUCUUCAGACUUUUGUGUGACAGGCAGAGGUGCAUGGUACUCUGGAUAAUUCUCAUACUAAUAAAGGAUUCAUAGAAGUCAGGAAAAGUCUCAGAAACCACAUGAUGUUGUCCUGUUGCUGUAAUCGAUGUCAUUUCGGCCUUCUUGCUUAACAUCUAAGCAUCUUUACCGUUGCAGAUGCAUCCCAGAGCACCUCAGCUGAAACCACAGGACUCGUCGGACCUUCUGUGUCCACCAGUGGUCUUUUCAUUUCUCAGUUGCAGACCUAAAAAGACUCAUGUCUUAGGAUUCAAACUCUACUGUACAGACUCGGCAGACUUACAGCUUCAUGACGAGUGUAACUGCUUCACAGAGAAACUCCACAGACCCACAUACUCGGAUUCAGACACGUCGCAUAGUCUCGACUGUUCUCAUAAUGUGGUCAGACUCUCCGAAGUCUGGCAUUGGCAUAAUCCUAAUGAAGGAAUCCCUCAGGAAAAAAUGCACAGGAGCAUUUUCUUAGGAUUUGAGAUCUUCAGGUUCUUCAGAAUUCCAGCUUCUUCCUGAUUGCAACUGCUUACCAAAUAACCACUGAAUAAUUCCAAAUAACCACUAAAAAACCCAAACCCAGACUCCUCACGCUUUAAUCUGUUGGAAUUGGACUCCUUAGGACUUCCUAACCAUCCUCCUUUACCAUCCCAGCCUGUAUGAAGAGUGAAUGAAUCGAAAGCAAAGCUACGAAGCCUUGAGGGGAACCAAGACUUGAAAUGGGGGAAGGGGGUAGAUGUCCUUCUCUGGACAACACUGGAUAAUGGGAGUAAACUAGGACCUCGGGUUUUAUGCUAAUGGACACUGUUUAAAGGUGAAAGCUCUAAAUAAACAAUGGGACAUUUUCCCACUAAACUAAUCAUGUAGACCAGUGGAAAUCUGUCAUCUGUAACAGGACGAGAAAAUUACUCGGCGCUCUUAAAGAAACCAUAAUUCUCUUGGUGUCUGUGCUGAGAUCCGAGCGUCAUCCCUGUUUCUCUGCUGGACAUAAAACUUCAGGACAACCAGAAGAACAAAAACCAGCAGGGAUCCAAAGCCUGAGGCGCUGUUCCACGUAGAAGCGGUCAGUGCGGGAGGGGGUUACAGAGGUGAAGAAGGCAGUUCUGGAUACUCACAGCUGUUUCCAGAUGUUCAGGAGUUGCAGAACAUUGACCUCAAGGUCCCUCAUCACAAACCUCUCUUUAAGUGACUGACUGCGGUUCCUUUUUGCUUUGAAGUGGACCUGCAGGAUUUUCAGGAUUUUUUAUUUCUUCCUUCCCCCACUCUUUUCCCCCUUCUCUCUCUCUCUCUCUCUCUCUCUCUCUCUCUCUCUCUCUCUCUCUCUCUCUCUCUCUCUCUCUCUCUCUCUCUUCUCUAUGGCAGAUUGUUUGCAUCUGUUUAGCCGGGCGGCCAGCCAAACUGUGAGCGUCAGGAUUAAGAUGAAUAGCUACACUACAAUCCCGAUGAGAGGAAGAAACCCAUUAAUUCACCUCUCCUUCCUCCUCUCUUUCUUUUUUCCGCCCUUGUUUUCUUUUUCUCUCCUUUGGAUUGGAAACCUCUCGCACUUUUGUCAGUAAAUACACGGUACUUCUAAACGCUAUCGUAUGAUGGUGUGUACACUUCGGACGGAGUGAUCGAAGGUUUUUUUUUUAUUUGCAACAUUUAUCAUUAAGUUUCUAUAACCAUGUGACCUGGGGCACAAAACUAGUGCCCUUCAGAGCCAUAGUGACUGAAAGCGACAUGAUAAUAACUUAUGAGAAUGAUUAUAACUCUAGGAAACUCAUGGUAUAUGAUGUCAGUAGCGGUAUGGGUAUAAACAUGAUGUGGGGUUCUGCUGAACCUUCAAACAGUGUUAAAUCUUCUGAAAGAUUAAAAAAUAAAUAAUUAAUCUGU